AUGGACUUGGGCAUUUGCCUAUCAGGGCACCCGCCCCCACUGGCAGCUUCCCGGCCGCGCGCGUGCGGCUUCGGUGCGGGAGGGGGGCCAUCGCCCGGCCAGGCAGCGGCCCUGGGCGCGGCAUGCGCCCUUUGUGGGCGGUUGGGAGGUGCCAGAGCACGGGGUGCGGCGCCAUGGCGCGCUUCGGGCUCAAGGACUCUCCGAGCACGUCGGAGCGCGAAGGCCGACAAGGAUCCCUUGCGUGAUGUGGAGGUGGAGCCCGCGCCGGGCCAUCAGCACACCUGCACCAUGAUCUACCUCCACGGCUACUGCCGGGCCGGCUCGGAGUACCUGCCGAAGGGCCAGCUGUGCUUCUGCAUGCCGUGGGCGCCGGGCGGCGACCGAGCACGAGGACUCAGGGCGGUGUUGCCCACAGCUCCCGAGAUGCUUCAGCCGUGGGGUGAAGAAGCAACCUCCUGGUAUGGCUACGAAUCGCCAAACCACAAUCGGGUGGGCGAUCCGAAGUCGCUACAGGACACGCGUGCGCGCCUUGAUGGCCUCGUGCGACGUGAGGUCAAGCGAGUGGGAGGUGGCCGGCGUGUCUUCUUGGGUGGUGCCUCACAAGGCUGCACGAUGGCCCUGGACAUCUACCUCAGGCUCGCUUCGGAGCUGAAGCUGGGCGGCUUUGUGGGGAGCAUCGGUUUCAUGCCCACGGACUCGAAAGGAUUCUCCGGCUCCAACCAGGCACUGCGGAAGCUGUUGAAGGAUGAGCGACAGGCGCAGCGGCCCGUGUGGCUGCAGUGCGCCAUGGACGACUACGAGGCGGUUCCCUGGAGGAGCGUCGUUGAGCCCUCGCUUCGACAUGCUGGAAGGCUUCCUGGCCUCCUUCUCCGGCAAGUGGUGGGCCGAGGGCAUGGCAUUGAGGAGUGGGAGGCGCACAUCGUCAACGACCUCCUCCGCCAAUAUGCCCCCUAUGCGUACGCGGAAAAAAGAGUGUUCGCCUUCACAGCUGCCCCACUGUGCGGAAGCUGCCCGACGGCCCAGCUCUCCGCUCUCAAGUGGCCUCCCUGGCGUCUCUGGAUGGACUGGCAGAUUACCUGCUGGUGCGCCCUCAGCAACCUCACCACAGAUCCGCUGAGCCCUCCAAACGCCCCUCAACAGGACACCUUUGCACAGGGCGCGGCGCGCCCGCAGCCGGAGAGCUUGGCAAGGCUCGGCUGGGCCCCCGCUGCGGCCGCGCUGCUUGGGCCCUCCAGCGACGGAGGUGCCUUCGAGCUCGGCGGCGGCUCGGGAGCUGGCUUCCAGGUCAUUUGCGAGGACCGUGGCAUCGCCACGCUUGGCGGAGGCGGGGGCGGCGGGGCCUUUGGCUGGAUGAAGCCGGCCGAGUCAUCCGGGGAAGGUGCGCGCCCUGUGGCCGAGAACGAAACGGUGGGAGGCGGAGCAGGUGGCGGCAUGCAGAUCUUUUUCCCGGCCAACGUGACUGGGCGGCCUUGGGAGGCCGAUCACUGGAUCUCCUGGGGCUCCGGUGGAGGGCAUGGCUGCGGUUCGUGCAAAGCUGGCGACACCUUUUGCGAGGAGUCACCGCUGCGGAUCACCUGCGGGGCAAAGAUGGACGACAAUGGUGCCGUGGGCCGCGUCGCCGGCCAGCAGGCCUGCAGUGAGGAAUUGGCGUGA